GUACGCGCAGCGCCGGCAGAUUGUCCGCGGAUCCGUUUGCGCACAGCGUUUUCCACGAUCCAGCUGCAUCGGGCACAACGAGCCCGUCGAGAUCCGCAUCCGAUCUCCGCGCAGUCGAUACUCGCGGUGCGCAUAGGUAAACACGGAAAGUGUAUCGUCGUCACAAACCGCCGCCGCUCCUGUUCGUGUCUUGUCUGCUGCCGCGGUCGUCGUCACUCCGCGGCCGGACAGCCGCAGUGCCGCAGAUGGCCGUCGCACCGUCCGCGAAUCGCGUGAAAAACGAUUUCGGUUGAUACAUUAGCCCGCGAUCCGCGAACUCGGUGACGACCAUCGCGAUGGCCGCAGCCGUGGCCACCACCACUCCGCCGACGGCCGACAAUCGGUGCGUCGGCGGCGGUGAACCGACGGCCGUGACCAUGCGACAUCAGACGACCGUCCCGCUGCCGUCCAGCGACAUUCCGGCCCUGACGUCUUCGGGCAGGCGGCGCCGGCGGUUAAGAGGAAACGGCUCGAAUCCACAGGUGUCUCGGAGCUCGACUAGCAGCUGCUCGUCGUCGCCGGUGUCGUCAUCGGACGACGACGAGGACGACGGAGACGUCGGCGGCGGUGGCACGGACAGUAUGGAGGCCGAGUUUGGCGGACGCGGCGUGGUCGGCGUAAAGCCCGCGCCGGUGGCCGCCAAGCGGCUCAAGGACCUGCAACAACACCUGGUCGAUCUGGACGACUUGGAACUGCUGGACCGGCAUCUGGCCGUCGACGGCGUGCCCGGUGACUCGCCGCACGAUUUGGCGGACGACGGCGGUGUCGGCGGCGCCACCGGCAUGGUGGCCGAAGAGCUCAGGCAGAAGAACAAGGACCUGGUGCUGGCCGCCCGUCUGGGCAAAGCCCUGUUGGCCAAAAACGACGAACUGUCACUGAUGAACGAGCGGCUGGCCGAAGAGUACGGCGACAAGCUGGAGGAGAUCGAACAGGACCGCCACCGGUUGCGCAGGCAGUUGGCACAGUCUAAGGCCGAGUGCGAGCAACGGUGCCAUGAGCUGCAGGCCGAUCUCAGGGACCUGCAGGCCGUGCUCGACAGCCGGGAACGUCAGCUGCGCGAGGCGGACAAACAGAAACGAGCUGUGGUCCGAGAGCUCACGGAUCAAAAUGGCAGGUUGCAGUCGCACAUCAGAGAGCUUUCCCAGGCGGAACAAGAGCUUCGGCACAAGUGUCGUCUUCUGGAAGACGCACAGCAACCACAACAUGGAAGCGGCAAAUGGACAGGGAUCGGAGGAGUCGGAUCGCCUACGUCCAUUACCAACGGCGGUUCCACUACCGAUUACGGGUCGCUUACGCCCGAUGACUACCGUAGCCUGGACGUGUUGCGUGAUGAGAUCGAUAUGAAAGCGGCCGAGAAACAACGAUUACAAAAGAGGAUGGCUGAGUUGCGAGCCGACCGCGAUCGGUUGGCCGAACUUCUCGAACUCAAAGAUCGCCAGUUAGCUGAGUGCAGGGCUGAAGCGAACCAUUACGAGCAUAGGUCAGCCAUGUUAGCCAAGCAAUUGGACGACGCGCUCUCGGGGGAUUGGAGAGGACGAGGCGGGAAGUGCGCUUCGUGUAGCAGUCACGCCAGCGGUGCGGCGACGGCGUCCCGGGCGAAUGGCGUCGGCGGGACUGAGUCGCAGCCCAUGUCGCUGUUGGCCGAGUUGGAACAAGCCGAGGCGGCCAACACGCAGACGGCCGCUCGUCCACAGCCACCGCCGAUGGUCGACGUGGACCUGACGACAGAUCACCAGCCCAACGACCACGCCAACGACUUCGGGGCGGACGCCGAACGGUUGGUGACCCGCCUAUGCGAUGCGCUCGAGCGUCGGGCCGGCCACGCGGACGCGGUGUCGCCGGAGUUGUCGGCCAGCACCAGGUACCGGCUGCUGAAGCUGAUGGGCUGUAGCGGCGGUGGUGACGGAAGUGCGGCUGGCGGAGUCAAGUCCACGGACGCUGUUGACCUGGCCGAGCUGGUUCGCAACCGGGACGGUCGGGUGGCCGAGCUUACGUGCGAGUUGUCCGUGAGAGACGCGGAACUGCAGGCGGCCCGCGAGGAACGUGAUCUGGCGGUGAGAGACAAAAUGGACGCGAUGCGGAUUAAGUGCGUCCGGUGCGGUGAUGCGGGCAGCGGAGAGCCCGCCGACGCCACUUCCGAAUCCAACACCGACGAGAAGGACGCGUCAUUGAUCCCGGAACUGCUGAGGAAAGCUUGGGAACAGCGGGACGGAGCGGUGAGGCGGAAAAACGCAGUGCAAGUGCAGCUAGCCCGGACCCGAGUGGACGUGCUGCAAGCCAACGGUCAACUGAUGGAGGCCAUCGGACAGAAGGUGGAGCUCAGUCAACAAUUAGAACAGUGGCAGAUGGACAUGCAAGCUCUACUCGAUGAGCAAAUGCGCAGGAAAUUGCUUGCUCCACCGGCGCAUUCUUCAGCCGGAGGUGCGCCCGAAUUGGGUGGCGGAAACCAGCAAAAGUGUUCCGGCACCGGAGGGUUCCCAUCGAUGUCGGCUUCGAGCUUGGGAAGUCUCGGGUCGUCGGGACUGAUGAACUCGUUGUUGAUGAUCGCCGGCGGCGGAGGAAAUGCAAACAGAUGACGCGGUAGACAAUAAUACGAGAAAUAUCGGCCGUCUACAGGCCUGUUCACCUUUAGAUAAUAAUAUUAUAUUAUAAUAUUUGCAACAUGUAUAUAAAAAUAGUGGAUCAAGUUCGCGUAUUAGUCAUUUCGCAUCCAAUUGAUGUUUGAAACGGACGGACGACAGUUUAGAGUUGUUUUUUUAAUUUUAUUUUCGAUCCGGCGUGUUAACUUUAGUCGUCGUCUUACUUAUAAUAGUUAUAAUAUAAUAUUUAUUAUACUUAUUAGUGAGAUGACGACCUCCCGUUCAUCAUCCAUCUACAUUCGCCCCGUGAAUGCUUAUUAUAUCUAUUAUAGACAUACAGUUUUUAUUUCCCAAGUCUGCGUCAAAUUCACACAAAUUUCAAACUAAGAUAAUAUAUAAUAUUAUGAUGUCUUCGGUAUCGUAGACAUAUGAGUGUCAUUUUCUGAAAUUAUUUUGGUCUCUGAUCGUGUCAUAGACCCUUUCCGAAAAAAUUUUUAGUAAUUUGUAUGUAUAUACCUAGUAUGUUUAGCGGUUCGUUUCGGUUCAUUGGCUUUAUUGUAUAUAUUUUAGACUGCAGUAUGGUGCUGCAAAAACUAGUACAAAAUAUUUAUAACAAAAGUUACCUCACGUGAGCACACUCAUUGAUAUGAUAUUAUACGUCAUUAUAUAUUAGGUAUAGGGUGGAGAAGUUUUAGGAUUUGUCUGAAUUAUUACUUACACAGUAAUUAAUUAAAAUUCGUUAAAAAUUGCUAUCUUUAUAACUGUACCUUGUAUCUUUUAUAAUAUCAUGUGUAUGAAAUAUACAAUUUUUUUUUUUUUAAUACCAAAAAAUGUAUUAGUCUUACAAAUACGAUUAAUGAAUAAUUAUUAUUUAUGACACAAAUCGCAACAUAUUUAUUAUUUUUAAUUUUUAAUUUACUAACCACGUAAAACAUUUUUUUUAUUAGACGUGUAGUGUAUAUUAUGUAAAUAAUAAUGUAUUUUGGACGUCUCCGUGAUUUUUACUGCCCAUUUUGAUCCUCUAAGCUUCUUUGCCCAAUACUGUACUUAGAUAUCGGGUAUAGGUGUAUUGUAUAUAAACGAUUAUUAACUAAUGAUAUUAUAAUAUACUUUAUAUACUUAUGUAUUAUUCGCUAAGUACUUCAUAGAUACCUACUAUUAUAUAAAUCUAUGAUAGGUAUACAAUUGUUGUAUUAAUAAUCGAUAGGUAUUUCAAAUUGUACCUUACACUAUAUUGUAAAAAUUAUAUUAUAUAGUAUUAAGAGCACGUUCACCAUUAUGUUUACAACCAAAUACAGUAUUAUAAAAAGAAAAUUCGACAUCAUAUAAUCACACAUUAUUCAUAAAUAAAUAAAUGUACCUACCUAUCUGUUUUUGUAUAC